AUGGGGCUGGAUCAGGAAAAGAUAAAGAAACGUCUGUCGCAGAUUGAGCUGGAUAUUGAUAAGAUGAACCAAAUGAUUGAUGACAAUUUACAACUUGGUACAACCGAUGACACAAUGCAAGAACAAGUAGCAGCUGAUAGCAAUGAUGAUGCUGAGGAUGAAAAGAUUGAAUCGGAGGUGAAGGAGGUCGUUGCAGAAGUGGUUAAAGCACCUGUACAUCUAGAUUCUAUGUACGAUUCUCAACAUGAGGGACUAGGAGAACCUAUCAAAGUCAAAGAUUCUAAAAUUGAUGAAGCAACACAAACACAAGAAGAGGAACCAGUUAAUGAGACACCAUUAGAGAAAGUUGUUUCAGCAGCUAAGAGUAUUGCUAGUGCUGCUGAAGAAAUGGUUGAUACUUCAAUUGAUGCAGCAGUAGGACCUAACGAAGAAGAAGAAGAAGAAGAAGAAAUUGCAAAUACCUCGUUAGAAAAAGUCAUAUCAGCAGCAAAGAGUGUUGGUAGUGCCGCUGAGGAAAUGAUUAAUAAUUCAUUAGAUAUUGCAGUGGACCCUGUUGAAAAUGAAGAUACGGCAGUAAACCAAAACGACAGAGUACUUGAAGUAAAUGAAACUUCAGUUAAGAAGAUAGUCAAUAGUAUUGAAGAAGUCAAUAACGCACCAGAGACGAUGAUCAAUGAAACGGUGGAUACUCCUGUAGACACACAUGUAGUUUCCCAAUUGAAACCAGAUGAUGACGAGUGGGAAGAAAUUACUGAAGAAAAUGUUGAAACUGUUGGUAAAGAGACUGAUACUGAUGAAAAUACAAGUAAGAUUGUUCUUCCAAAACAUACUGGACAUAACACGAGCUCGACUCCAACGAUAGCAGACGAUAAAAUGAUAGAACGUAUAACUUCAAAACGUCUCCCAUCCAGACCGUUCCGUGUGAUAUCAGUCGGUUCUGCAAACUCAUCUGCAACAGAACGUAAUAUCUCUCCAAUACCCGCAGGCACAGAUCCUGAGGAGAGUACAUUGGAGAGAAUAGAACAACGAUACGAUUAUCUAACAAACAAGACUACGAAACUAACCAAAGAGAUAUCGUACUUAACAGGAAUGGUAAGUCAAGGUAACCUAAGUAUUGACGACUCCAAGAGACUAAAAGUUGCGCUUACAAAAUUGCAAGAGUACCUGGACCGUAAGACCAAAGAACGUUACGAAACGGGUGUCCUAUUGAGUCGCCAACUAAGAAAGCAAAUCGACAAGGGAGAGAACGGACAGUUCUGGGUCGGAAACAAAUAG